AUGGACUUCUCCAUGCCCGUGGCCCUCGAGAAACUCGCGAAGCUGUCGCACGUUUCACGGCUCUUGGUGCAGAUCGACACCUGCAGUAUCUGCCAGUCUUCACCAUUGUACUGCAUCAAUCCGACGGAGCAGGGUUUCGGUCAGGUGCAAGAGUCGAGCCAAGCAAAGGUCUUCGCCGACUUCAUCCAGAAUGAGUACUUCGACCGAAUCAAGGAGGCACAUGCGGCUUUUCCCAUCAACGUGGAGUUCGUGAUCCCCUUCCAAAACGAGCAAAGCAGCCCGCUCUCCAUGCUGACGGCGCUUCAGGCUCAGCUGGCGCCAUUGCAGGCAGCCGGCAGAAGGUUUCAUCUGGAAGGGACCGUCUAUCCUUUCUGGACCCCCGGAUCUCUCUGGGCGCCCUUCGAUUCUGCCGUGACCAAGGGCUUCAUGGAUUUCGCCCAGGACCUGGGGUUUGACGGCUUCGUGGUCGCGGAAACGGGAUGGCCGCAACAGUGCAGUGCCAGCAACACCCGGCCACCCAACCUGGAGAACAUGUGCCGCUACUGGCGAAGCACCCUGCGCGAGGUGGAGGCCUUGACCGCCAAGGGCCGGCUGCUGGCUUACCACUGGAAGAUGG